CUCCGCAUAUAUGAGCCUUGCAUCCCGCUUUCCUUCUCCGAUACACGGUCCAAUCGCUGAUUCAGUCGGAGAAAAUUCCGUAAGAUCUUCACUAGGAGGAGAUUCAAGGAUCCACAGUCAUACAGAGGCAGGACAAUCGCUGGGAAAAUUAUUCAAAAAGGUGCAAACUUCGAAUAAUGCCCCUUCAAGUGCUUCAAACAUCUGUAAGAACGAAUGGCUACCUGCAAUGCAAACAUUGACCAAGUCAGGACGAUUUUGCACGGAGCCUGCUAACUCAUUUCCUGGUUUUAUUAUGGAAAACUGCAACUGUUUGCUUCCAGCACCGAAUAAUCUUGAUGCCACAAGCGUCAUACAGUACAAAAAUGUAGUUCGAAAACCUACGACAACUCAUCCGAAGUUUUGGACAACACUACGUGCAUGCAUGGCUGGGUGGAGCCAAAAUGUUCUCUUUGAAACAUCACAGAAUGUGGACUUCUGUUCAAGUGCUGACGACCAGGAUAAUAUUUCUACUGAAUCGCUCUAUGUUGAGUCGGGACUGCACGCAGCAAAAUCAUUCGACUGCUUUCCAAAAGGGAAACCUGAGUCAAUGUUAGAUUCUGACGAUCAAAUGAAAAUAUCGUCAGACACUUCGUUUAAGGGGCAGGCAGACUUUUGCUGUUAUUAUGAAGUAUCAGCUGAGAGGAAGAAGCGGAAAGGCAGUGCGGCGUAUUCACCUGCAUCUGAUUCAGAUUUUCAAAGUUUGGAGGAAGAAUCAAUUACCUUCACUGAAGAGGCAAGUUGCAAGAAACCAAAAAUCACCUGUACAGACCAUGUCUUGCACAAUGCUGUGCAUGGGUCGACAGUCCUGUGCUGUGAACGAAGGCAGCUUCUGGGAGACGUCAUCAAUCUUUCUCAUGAAGAUUGUGAUGGAAAGAUAUGGAAAGAUAAACUGGACUCUGCCGUUCUAGGGGGUAGUAGCUCCCAAGCACCAGAUUCACCAGCUGAUUCAGCAUGGACCACAAUAUUAGGUUUGCCAUCGUUGAAAACAUCAAGCACUUCAAGAAUCUUGAGAUCUGGAGAUGGAGACAACGUCGCUGGAAUACCAACUGCAGAGGAGGUUCAGGAUACGAAUACAGGUCGCACUGAAGUCUUAAAAACAAUCGCAGAUGACAUGUCAUCCACAAGGAAAUCGUUUCCAUUGAUAGGGCCUGCACGCAUAUCUAAGGCCAGACUGGAGCAGACGUUUAGCUGUAGCAACAAAGAUGUGGAGUGGGAACCAUUGAGGUUAAGAUACGCACAGCCUGAAGAAGGUGUUCAGAGCGAGGCCAGGUCUUCGUUCGUCGAGAAUGGUGUUAACUGGGAGGCAGUAAGAGAGGCUAAACUUGAGGAGAUGGCAAAUAUCAUUAAGGAACGGGGAAUAAAUUACGUGCUCGCUGGGAGAAUAAAGGCAUUUCUCGACAGGGUAAAGAAUGAGCACGGAAGCUUGAAUCUUCAGUGGCUAAAAGCAGUUCCUGCUGAAAAAUCGAAAUCCUUCCUCCUUAGUGUAAGAGGACUUGGGCUGAAAAGCGUUGAAUGCAUUCGACUGCUGGCUCUUCAUCAACCAGCCUUUCCGGUGGACACGAACGUUGGUCGCAUAUGCGUUAGACUAGGUUGGGUUCCUUUGGAAACUUUACCGACUGGACUUUAUUUGCACACGCUAAGAAAGUACCCUAGAGAAGACACAGUUCAGAGAUAUUUAUGGCCACGACUCUGUACUCUUCCCGUGCGGACUUUGUAUCAUUUGCACUGCCAAAUGAUCACAUUCGGGAAGGUCUUUUGCACAAAGACAGCACCAAAUUGUGAGGCUUGUCCUCUUCGAGGAGAUUGUGAGCAUUAUGCGAGUGCUGCCGGCAGGUCUGCGAAUGGAGAUUCUGUCAAGAGUCUUAGAUUGUUAUCAUCAAUCGAUACAAAAUAUGGACGUUCGAUGAGCACUCCUUUGAUGAAGGAAGAAGUGGCGAUUGUGCAUGAGACAUAUCUUAACGCACGUCAAUCAUUGGAUGAAGAACCUCCUUCGCCACAAUAUUCAGAACUUGUUGACAAGGGGAGAUAUACACAUGAUAUGGAAGUGAGACUUGCGUUUGAAGAGAAUGUCGCCAGUACUAGAGCAGAGUCAAAAACGCGGAAAGAGAGUGAAUGCAAAAGCAUUCUUUUCAGAGACUUUCUGCUACAAGGUUCAGGAACUGGUGUUGUCUUCUCUCACGCAAUAGAAUUGCUGUCUUCAAACUCAGCAUCAGCGAAAGUUCCAAAUUUGAAAUACAGUGGUCGCCUUCAUAGUGUACAUCAUGUCUAUGAGCUUCCUGAUCAACAUCCUCUUCUCGAUGGGAUGGAUAUCCGGGAAGUUGAUGAUCCAUGCAUGUACCUGCUAGCAAUAUGGAGUGCAGGUGAGAACCCUACAGCUCCUACUUCAGUGGACCAAACUGGAGCUGAAGUAGAAAUUUCGAAGUCUGUAUAUGAGCAGGACAAAGUGAGAGGCACUUUCUUGGUGCCUUGCCGGACAGCAGUGCGAGGAAGAUUUCCAUUAAAUGGGACAUAUUUCCAAAUAAACGAGGUUUUCGCUGACCAUGCAUCUAGCCUGCAUCCGGUAGAAGUUCCAAGGAAUAUGUUAUGGAAUCUAAACCGACGCUUUGUGUAUUUCGGUUCAUCAAUGAGAGCUAUUUUUCGAGGACUCUCGUUGGAUGAGAUCCAGGCUUGCUUCUGUCAAGGGUAUGUCUGUGUGAGGGCCUUUGAUAGCCACACCCGCGCACCUAAACCACUAGCAACAGGGUUCCACUCAUCGGCGAGAACUAAAGGAUGAGCAUAUGGUUGUUGGCCAGUUCCACCUUUAAUUCCACGCCUGACUCUGAUUACGUGGACAGUGCUCCAUAAUCAAGAGUUGAUGAAGCAUGCUCAGUACCAAGAAGGCUUUAGCUAGUACCGAGAAUCAUCACAGCUUUAGAUAUAACAUCUGAAUAAAAGUCCGCAUAUUGUAUUGGGCUUACAAGUUGUUCUUGGGAUUACAACUUGUAAACACCAUCUGCGUAUGUUCAAGUACAAUGGACUGCAUCAUGUGGUUGUAGACAUGUAACAAGUAUUGUUGACUCCCAUAGUAGAGAAUAUAUCCAUAAAUAAAGGACUUAAUAGUCUAUAUCUAUUUCAUUC